AUGAUACCCGGACUCUAAAAGAUUAGAUUCAGGAAGGAAGAGCAGGAGAAGAUGGAGGAUCAGGAGAUCGAAUUGGAUGCACUCAAUAAAGUUGACAGGCAAUUGGAGAUGUUAGAAAACAGCUCAGUGUGGAAAUCCAAACCGUUAAGGAUCAUAUAGAAAAUAACGAUUUUCAUUACUCGUCUUAAACACAGUUCGACGACAUACAGAUUUAAAUUGUUGAAGAAAAGCAUCUUUCUAUUAAUUAGAGAUAAGGCUUCUUCAUUUCAAUAUUAUCUAAAUAAUUAUAUGUUAUUUCAAAAACCCACAAGAUGGAUACAAAUAAAAUAUGAGGCUCAUGCCAGCAAUCCAUUAUGGUGGCGUUUUUGGUGUUUUCUGAAAAGUGAUGAAACGGUUCUAUUACCUGCAGAUAAGUUCCUUUUCGUAUGGGAUCUAUUGAUGAUGUUGGUGACAAUCGCCAAUAUCUUCUAUGUGCCUUUGUAGUUGUCAUUUAAUCUCAAUGAAGACGAUAUGGGUAGCAUCUUUACUCUUUUUAGCACAUUGCCGAGUUGUAUAUUUUUGAUUGAUUUAAUCCUAACAUUCUUCAAAGGAUAUUACGACCGAGGAAUACUGCAAAGAAAUAAAGCGAAGAUCUUUUGGCAUUACAUAAAGGGUGACUUCCUAUUGGAUUUGGCAAUAGUUUUGCCCUUCAUUUUAUCUUGGAUGGGAUAUUCGGCUGCAAACUAUCUGAUGUUGAUUCGAAUGACAAGAGUCAGAAGAACAAUGAUAGUAAUUGAGGAGAUAUCCAAUUUCAAGGAGAAGAGUGCAAUCAUCUAUCAACUAUUUUGUCUAAUCUAUUCGUUGCUGUUGAUUUCUCAUUUUUGUGCUUGUCUAUUCCACUACUUUGCCCUUUAUGAAGUAGACCAAGGUUACACUCACACUUGGUUACACCAAUAGAAUAUAUUUGAUGAGGAUUUGUACACCAAAUAUUUCAAUUCACUCUAUUGGAUUACUAUCACAUCAAUGACUGUUGGAUAUGGCGAUAUUGUUCCAGUUACAACCCCUGAGAAAAUAUUAGUCACUAUCAUCACUUUCUUGGUCACUGGAGUUUUUGGGUACGCAUUAGGAAUGAUAUAAAGUAUUUUCUAUAAAAUGGCUGAGUAAACUAACAUCAACAAUUCCAGAUUGAGAUUAGUGAGUAAUCAUAUUAAGUAGAGAGGAUUGAAUACUCAAUUACAGUUUAGAGUUCGCAAAUACAUCGAAUACUAUUUGUAAUUUAAGUAGGACGAGGAACUGGAUUUGGAUGAACUCAUGGGACAACUCAAUCCCAAACUCAAAUAGGAAGUCCAAAUUGCAAUGUACUAUCGUUAUCUUAAACAUUCCAAAUUGUUUGGAACCAAUUUCUCCGAUGAUCUCAUCAAGAAGCUAUGUUUUUGUAUUCAUGAAAGAACAUUCGCUCCUGAAGAGGUUAUCAUUAGGAAGGAUGAAUUGCCAAAUCAAUUAUACAUUGUAUUAGCAGGACAAGUCAAAUCUCUCAUAUUGGAAAAAUCAAUCAAAAGAUAUCAAUAAGGAAAUCUACUCUGCGAAAGAGAAUUCUUUUAUCAAGACUUUAUGCAAUAUAAUAUUGUUGCAUCCUCCUUUGUUCAAGUAGCCUACUUGAAUCUCUCUGAAUUUCAAUCUAUCAUCCAAAAUCAUCGAUCUAGUUUUGAACAAUACCGGUAUGCCAUAGACAAUACUGUUUUUGGUCAAAACACAAAUCUGAUUAUUUGUGAGGCUUGCCAGUCUCAUCAUUAAUUUAAAAAUUGCCCUCUUGUUUUCUUUAAAAAAAAUACCUACAAAGUGUUAGCUGCUUGUCAUAGCAACCAUGUACAGAGCAGACAAACCUUUGCCAGAAAAAAGUCUAAAUACAAAUAGCAAAGAACAGGUGUCCUCAAUGGAGCCUAUGAUCACAUCAUCAAAAUGAGGACACAAUUAGGAGUCCAAAUUGAUUAAGCAUUCCUGAACAAAAUUGGGUACCCAGGUUAUGAGCAACAACAGUAAAGUGAUGAAGAAGAAGAUAAAUACCAAUCUCCUCAGGCAAGGAGGCAGAGUUUCUCUUAAUUCAACGACCAUUAGCAUUCGCUUUCUCAAAAUACCCUACCUCAAGAUGAACAUUACAAUGACUUUGAUAUAGACAAAGUCGAAGAAUAUGAAUUCUAUUACCCUCAUGAUAACAUCACCAAAAUUAGUAAAAUUGUGAACAAACAACAAUUAUUACAGAGACUACUAGAUAAAGUAUCGAAUAAAAAGAAUUUAUUUGCCGGCCUUGUAUUUAGAUAAGUGGUAUAAAACAUUAUAUGA